AAAUUCAUGUUUAUCCAAAGAAAAACAUCCACAAGAGGUUGGUAAAGGAGAUGAAGAAAAAAAUGGAAACUUUGAUGCCCACCUAAUGGCCCAGGUCCAGGUGGACCAAGAUUUGUGGAGAAGAAAUACAAAAAGAAAAUCUUGAAAGAAAGAAAGAUGGGAUUUCUUCAAAAACUCUAACCAAACUCAACUCAGGACCAAUAAUUAUGGUGUACCAGAAAUACCCUUCUGCAACCCCCCAAAAACUCCCAUCUUCAUCACUACAUUCUCUGCCUAAUGAACCAAUUCAUAUGGGCAUUUUGGGGGUUUCUCUUUGCUCAGUGUCUCCAUCACAAACCCACAGAAAAAAAAAAGUAACAACCAUCUCUCUGUUUCUUUAAUAAAUUCUGUGUUUUCUUUCUUCUUCCCCACAUUCAUCCUCUGUUUUCUUUCUUGAUAUUUUCCCAGAAGAAAAUUGAGAUCCAAUGAGGAAGAAGGAUGGGUUUGAUUCAUAUCCUCAUGAGGAUGCAAGAUUCAGGCAUCAAACCCUUGUCCAAGAUUACCUUCAGUUGCAAAAGGAAACGGAGACCGCAAGAACCAAAUUAGAGGCCAUGAAGCUCAAGAAACUCACUUUACAAGCUCAAGUUCGGUUUUUGAGACGAAGGCACAAAUUCCUCUUGAAGAACAAGUCAUCCACUCGACAAGAGCACACCAUCGUAAAACCACGGUUUGUAGAAACUAGCCGAUACAGAAAAAGUAUGAAUGAGAAGGUCUACUCGAAAAAUGAGGCAGCUUUGCAAAACAUGAACCACAAUGCCCAGAAGAAAAAUGUUCUUCUGGGCAUACCGUCUCACAUGUUGCAUGGUGCGAUGGAGGAUGCAUACUAUUCAAACCAAGCGGUUAGGACCAACCCGUCCGAUUUGUUUGAUUCGAGUAAAGAAACUCCGGUUAAAAGCCGACCUCCUACAUUUGAUCUGAACCAAAUAUCGAGAGAAGAAGAAGAAGAAUUGCAAGAGGGCAAUGGGACAAAAGAUUUAGUUAGAAGCGUGAUCGAUGAAAAACUCAACGACUUGAACCUACUGACUUGUGGUAACGUCGGCCUGGAUUCGUCAACGAGUCAAGCUAGGAAGAGGAAGAUCUCGUGGCAAGACCCCGUUGCAUUACAUGUAUGAAGGUUUAGAUAUUCGUGGUUAUUAUUUCAACAGUUCCAUAUACGUGAUGUGGCCUACAAAAUGAAGACGGAAACGAAUGCAAAAUAUAGAUCUACAUGUGAUGUUAGAAACUGUUUUAAAGAUCCCAACUGGGAAAUAUAUGUUGAGCCAACCAUUUUCACCAA